UCGGGGGGAGAUGAUGAUUCUUUGCCUUUGCCUUUGGCUUGAAAAGAAUAAUGAUAGAACGGGGACACACAGCACGCGCAGGUCAUUCAUUUCGAGCUGUGACAAGCUUGUUGGCAGUGACCAGUAAAGUAGGCAGUAGCAAGUAAGUAAUAGUUAGUUAUAGUUAGUUCUCUUCUACUUUUUUUGUAGGUGUGUUUGUGCCUGUUUGCAUGUGCACGGACGGUGUCGGUGGGCCUCACAUUUGGACAGAGACCUGUAGUUUCCGGGAAACAACGAAUGAUCGCUACGGCAAAUAGCGCCCGGUGCACUGAUACAGCUGUUCUCAGUUCAGAACUUCAGGAUCACCAGAGCACGCUAUUGAGUUGACAGCCCAAAAAACAUUGGCGCAGGAGAACGAACGUCCGGCUGUACCUGUUUGCGUUCGAAAUCAUCAACAGACCCGGCACCCUGCGGUGCUUGAUACUAGUACUGUGAUAGUGUGCUGUGCUCAAAAGUCAAAGCAGGACCGACGUGGUCUGCCGAGGACAGUGCAGUUGGAAAUGGCUGACAUGACAUUCCCAGGGAAGGAGGAAGGAGGGCUAGAGUUCUUGACUUGGUCACAGCUUCACGAGGAGCACAUCCUACAAUAUCAGCACUGUCAAAGCAGGUCUGAAAAGCUAAGAUUGAUAGAGACUUGGCUGGAGUUGAAGAAGCACGGCAAGCGAACACCUCUAAUGACUGAACUCUACUACAAUGCACUGCAAUGGUCUGAUAAACAGGACUUGGAUGUUGCACAGACCUCGACAUUCUUCUCGAUCCUGAGCGCCAUUCACAACACUUGCAUAAAGACGGAUGCGGACAACCUGCCGGAGAUGGUUAGUCAAUUCCAGGAACUCAUGGCAUUGCACAGCGUUCAGAGACCUCCAGUAGCAAUUGGAUUGUUCACACAUCAGCAGGCAGUCAAAAUCAACAACUACAUGAACGACACGUAUUUCCGUCAUCACAAGCUGUACAAGUAUGCCUUUACUCCACAGUACAUGCUGGACUUGCGUCUCCAUUACAAUGAUGAACCAAGACCAGCCGAUACCGAUGAAGAAGAAGAGGGCACAGAAGCAGGAAAUACAGCACAGGGACAAGCUGAAGAUAUGGAUGAAUCUGAACUGCCAGAGGUGGACGGACAAGACGCUGCUGAAGCUGAAGAUCGGCCAUUCAUGGGCAAUGCACAGAAGGAAUUGCGCGCUAUCAUUGCGUCCAUGCUGAAAGUUCACAUGAAGAAGCUGAAAGGAGACGUUGACGAGCAGAUGAAACAUUUGCAGAGCAAGGUCGAGGAGCAGCUGACCACGCUUGCAGGCAAGAAGGGAAAGUGACGGAUCAGCCGGGUCCUCAGUGCUGCUGUGAGCCGCUGGGGCUGGUGGUGCUGCUGCUGUGAGCCGCUGGGGCUGGUGGUGCUUCUUGGUCUGUUUGCUAAACGCGCCACUAUUCCUUGUGAGUGCUUAGCCGUGUGUGUCUCAGCUGAACUUGGCCUUGUUGGAGUUGAAUGUUCCGACUGGUCUAUAACAAUAGCUUCCAAUGCCAAUGUCAAGCCACUUCAUUUUGACAGCACUGGAGACACACAAUACUACGUGACGUGACACCAAGCAGUGCUGUCAAUCGUAACCCCCUGGGUUCCUGCUAUUCAGGACAUACCGGAGGAUGAAUAAAGUGGAUGUGCGCACGCACUGCUGAUCGGGUGGGAUCAAUGUGACUCUGCGUGAAUGUGCGAAGCGUUCACUGCACUGUGCCUGGCCAGUGCUGUGUGACUGCUAUGCUAUGCUGUGUUGACCUAUGGAUCUUCGCGAUCUUUAAAAACUUACCUCGUUGAAUCACCAUCCACAGACCAUGUCUUUGUAGGGUCGGUUAAACAGUAAACUUGUGUACACUACGUGUAUAUCCGCACCCUAUCUGAUGUCCAUAUAUCAUUUAUAAUAGGCAUGUUUCUAUUGGGAGCUGUCCGAUGGCAUAUGAAUGAUAAUAAUGAUCAUAGUGCAGUUUCAUUAUACAGGCCGUCCCUCGUUAAUACAUAAUCUCUGGGACUUGACAAAUGUUAUGUAUUAACGGGGUUUAUGUACUAAACGAAAGUGUACAUAACUUGCUUGUGUACCGGAAUUUUUCACUUUUCAACUUUUCUGAGUGUUUCUUGCUACCACGACUAGGCAGCGAGAUAUUCUUGAUUCCCUCGAUAUAACAUAAAAAUUAUGUUAUAACGGUCA